GUGGUAUUUUAAAAAAGUAAUAAAAGUCAAUUAAUUACAAUUUGGGAUAAAUUACCAAAAGUUCUCAAAGGUUCUCAAUUCGACACAAAAAGCCCUAAUCUCUGCUUCUGUAAAGUUCAACAUUUGGCGGAGUCAAAGAAACAGAGUGAUUCUCUGAUCCGAUUCCGGCGAAAGAGGACGAAACAAACGGAACUUGUUCAUCAUCUUCUCCAGAAAUGACGUCGUUUCAGGUGAUGCGUUCUUCAAAUUCGAGAAACUCGGAUCUAUCUCGUCGCAUCUCUUCUGCUUCUACUUCUUCUUCGUCUAUAAGACCUCAACAACAGUUCCGGCGAGAUCUAACAAGUGUCGGUUACGGCGGAAGAAACGACGGAUUAUACAGUUCAAAUUCGAUGACGGUCGAAGGGAUUUUACACGAUACUUUCGCAUCAGAUCCACCAGCACCAACGGAAUCUUCACUCUUAGAUGCGUCGAUAAAUCUGAUGGAUGCUUCUCCAGCACCAAUGGAGAUAACAACAACGACGGCUUCUGAUGUUGUGGAUCACGGCGGAGGAACGGAGACGACGCGUGGUGGGAAGAGUGUUGAUGAGAUUUGGAGAGAGAUGGUAUCAGGAGAAGGUAAAGGGAUGAAGGAAGAGACGUCGGAAGAGAUAAUGACGUUAGAGGAUUUUCUAGCGAAAGCUGCGGUGGAAGACGAAACAGCGGUGACGGCGUCGGCGGAGGAUUUGGAUGUGAAGAUUCCGGUGACGAAUUACGGAUUCGAUCAUUCUGCACCGCCGCAUAAUCCGUUUCAGAUGAUUGAUAAAGUAGAAGGAUCAAUAGUUGCGUUUGGGAAUGGUUUAGAUGUUUACGGAGGAGGAGCUAGAGGGAAGAGAGCGAGAGUGAUGGUUGAGCCAUUGGAUAAAGCAGCUGCACAGAGACAGAGAAGGAUGAUUAAGAAUCGUGAAUCUGCAGCUAGGUCUAGAGAGAGGAAACAAGCUUAUCAAGUUGAGUUAGAAGCUUUGGCUGCGAAGCUUGAGGAAGAGAAUGAGUUGCUUUCUAAGGAGAUUGAAGAUAAGAGGAAAGAGAGAUACCAGAAGUUGAUGGAGUUUGUGAUUCCUGUUGUUGAGAAACCGAAGCAGCAGCCACCACGGUUUUUACGCAGGAUUCGGUCUUUGGAAUGGUGAUAAGAGGUAUAGACUUUUGAGGAUUUUAGGGUCUUAAUGUUACUUACUUUGUGUAUGUGUGUGUGAGAGUUGAUUCAUAAUCUGCAGUAGAGUGUAAUGAUUAUGGUUAAUAACUUAUAUAUUAUAUUAGAUUGCAUAUGUUAUUGGUUUUGCUGAGAUUGAUCUUAUUUAGGCUGAUCAUAGUGAAGAGGGUACCAAUGGAAACGAGAUUCUUCAUUUUGUUCUGAAAGAUCUGGAUUUUGGUCCUUAUCCAUGUCUGUGGAGGUAAAGCGAACAGAAGUGCAGUGAUGACAUCGUUUCCUGCUAUGUACUUUGCUUCUGGACCAUACUCAGAACCUUUGGUGACAGAUUGGGUUGACGGCACCAAUAGGCCAACCUCUUGUUCAUUAUUGGUAUUAACUACCAUCCCUGCUGUCACUUUAGCUUCCUCAACCCCAGGCAUCAAUGCAUUUAACAGAACUAUCUCGACAAUAGAAGUCUUUCGAUGAGCUUCCAGAUAAGAUAAGAGCUCCUGAAGUUAAGAACUUUCUGACGUGCUCCAACAGUUACAGUUCCAUGCACUUGUGUCACUGCAUCUCGCUGUGACCAGAGAUUAGAUAAUCAAGUCAAGUGAAGAUAUUGAUGGCCACAAUGAACAUUUAAGUAGGAGAAUGAGAUUUGAAAAUCUCUCUGAAUCAUACAUAGAAUAAAGAGAUUUUCUAAGAAUCAAAACCAUAUCUCUGUCAGUAUUUAUAGCCACUGAUCGGUGAAAAAGUGACCAGAUCCAGUCUGCAAUAGGAUCUGUUAGAAUCCGGAUUCAAAAUUUGACUGUCUAAUACGAAUGAUCCUUAGCAAAACAGUGUACACAGUUGGGACUAAGGGAUACUGUUGUUUUGAAUGUAAGCCUUUGGUACUUAUUUGUGGAUAGUGGAUU